AUGGAGCAGGCAAGAUAUUGGAUGCGGAUGACGAGGGGGCCUCGCCUCAGCACUCAGAUCCCCGGGCUCAUCGUUGGAUCCGCCUGCAACGAGUCAUGGGAGGAGAAGGCCUUCGCUGAAGACACCGCAGGCCACUUAGGAGGCUGCGUAUGGCCGCCGAGAUCUUAUUCGUGUAGCUUCUGCAGACGAGAAUUCCGAUCGGCCCAAGCUCUCGGCGGGCACAUGAACGUGCACCGAAGGGAUCGAGCCAAGCUCAGGGAAUCUGCGAGCCUCAGCGAGGAAGCCGCAGAAGAACAACGUCAACCGCAGGUUAGCCCCUUAGCACUCGGUGCUGCUGCUAACCCUAACCCUAGUUCUGGUGUUCUAGCAUCACCCGUGUCUCCUAGGGUUCCUGCUCCAGUCACCACCAGAAGGAUUUGGAUCGAGGACACCCUUUUCUCUCCUUCCCUUUCUUCAUCUACCACUCGGGAGGACGUAAAGGAGUACUCGCUUCUUUCCACGACUACGCCUCUGGAUCUACUACUUGUGCCGGAACUAAAGCUUAGGGCAGAGGAUUUGGGGUCCAAGGAGUUUGGUCUCCGGAGAUGGAGAGACAUACAAGUCUGUGACGAGGAGGCCAACCGUAAGAAGAGAAGGAGAUGUGAUCAUCCAACGCCUGCUUUCUUCUUGAGAGCCUCUUCAGCAGAGCAGCAACAAGAUCGAUUUGAGGUUCUUAAUCCUAUCACAGUCGAAGACUUGGAUCUUGAACUUAGGCUUGGAGAUGCCCCUCUCAAAAUUAAGUAG